CAGCAUCAGACAACCGGUUGAAAACAGACGUUAUUCAAGCAAGUCGAGGAGCAAGCAAAAUCUUGUUACACUAAUAUCAUGGAGUGUACCUUCAAGAAAUCGGAGGAACUUUGUGUUUUGUGGAAUAUUAUACAUAGAGAUUUUGGCUAAUAAUUGCCAUGCAAAGAGUAAAACUGAUCGUUCUCGGAGCGGCUGCUGUUGGGAAAACAUCCAUCAUUAAUCAAUUUGUAUGGAACGAAUAUACAGAAGACUAUUCUCCAACAGAGAUGAAGCAAACAUUCUAUCCUACAGUAUACAUAAACGAGCAUUUAUACGAAUUAAUGAUCAUAGAUCUACCCGUCAUCUCCUACUUUCCAUCAAAUACAUAUUACGAAUGGAGUGAAUUCCAGUCGUGGGGAUUGAGAAGCGCUUCGGCUUAUGUUUUAGUUUUUGAUCUAAACGUUCCCGAAACGUUUCAGUACGUUAAAUUUAUACGCGAUCAAAUAUUCGAUAGCCGAAAUAUGCAUAAUAUUCCAGUUUUUGUAGUGGGCAAUAAGCACGAUCUGUGCGAAACCCGCGAUAGAAGAGACAUUGCCACUUUGGUGAAGAAGCACUGGAAGUGUGGUUACGUCGAAUGUUCUGCAAAAUAUAAUUGGCAUAUUGUACUUUUAUUUAAAGAAGUAAUGAGAAUUCUCGAUAAUUUGGAUUCGACAUACAAACCUUCGAGUGGUGCCAGCCGGUUUGAUGGCCUUCAAGGUUCUCUUCAUAACAACAAGUGCAUCAUCUUGUGA